AAAAAGAGUAAAACUCCGUGUUCCCCCGCACGAAGAACCCUUCGCUCGCCCUUGCUCGUGGUAUCUCAGUCAGCCAGCCUUAUCGUCUUAAAAGAGAAACAUCAUAGAAGUUAUGAUGCAUUGGGGUUUCCUUGCUCUGAAGGUUUAUUGCAGAAACUGUGCUCUUUGAUGAACUGGGUGCUGAGCUUCUCUCUACCCAAAACCAGUCAUCUAAUUUGCCGCGGCCUUCACUUGGGUAAGCAAUUCUCAAGCCCAAGUUCUGAGGGCAUUAUUUUUAGAGCAAUUUGUGUUAAUCUCAAACAGAGGAGAUGGAAGUUUCUAGAGCAGAUAUCACCCACUCUUACCAAUUCCUUAGUAAGUCGUGUUGUUCUCGAGUUUCGAAACUCCCCACAGUUGGGUUUAGAAUUUUACAAUUGGGUUCGAGAGAACAAGAGCUUUCCUCACUGUUUAGAAUGUUCUUGUACUGUAAUUCAUGUGUUGGUCCAUUGUAGGAGAUUUGAUGAUGCCUUGUCUCUUAUGGAGAAUCUAAUGAGUGCAGAUGGUCUGCUCCCAUUGGUUGUUUUGGAAGGGUUGGUUAGUAGCUAUGAUGAAGCUUGUGGUUGUUCAAGCCCUGCAGUGUUUGAUGCACUUGUGAGGGCUUGUACUCGAUUCGGGCAGACCGAAGGUGCUUAUGAGGUAAUUAAGAAGCUGAGGAUGGAUGGUUAUUGGGUUACGGUUCACGCUUGGAAUAACUUUCUUAAUCAUGUACUGAAGUUGAAUGAAAUUGCUAGGUUUUGGAAGCUAUAUAAAGAAAUGGUUUCAUAUGGGUAUGUUGAAAAUGUCAAUACCUUCAAUUUGGUUAUUUAUGCUCUCUGUAAGGAAUGCAAAUUACUAGAAGCAAUGUCGGAAUAUUAUCGGAUGUUGAAGAGUGGAAUUUGGCCUAGUGUUGUUACUUUUAACAUGAUUAUAGAUGGAGCGUGCAAGAUGGGUGAUAUGGAACUUGCCUUGAAGCUUUUGAGGAAGAUGGGAGUAAUGUCGGGGGAGUGUGUUACGCCCAAUUUAGUUUCGUACAAUUGUAUCAUUAAUGGGUUUUGCAAAAUUGGUAGUUUAUCUUUUGCAGAGGAAAUCCAAGCUGAAAUGACCCAGGCAGGUGUUGAGUCCAAUUUGAGGACUUAUGCAACUCUAGUAGAUGGGUAUGCAAGAGGAGGGAGUUUGGAGGUGGCACUUAGAUUGUGUGAUGAAAUGGUGGAAAGGGGUCUGACCCCUAACUCUGUUGUUUACAAUUCAAUUAUCCAUUGGCUUUGCAAAGAAGGAGAUGUUGAGGAAGCAUGUUUGUUGUUUUCCGACUUGAUUGACAGGAAUUUAUGCCCUGAUCAAUUUACCUACUCAAUCCUCAUUAACGGGCUCUGCCGAAAUGGGCUUGUGACUGAAGCACUAAGAUUCCAUAACCAAAUUGUUGAGAAAAGCCUUGUCAAGGAUGUUUUUUCUCAUAAUAUCCUCAUCGAUUAUAUGUGCAAAAACAAAAACUUGAUAGGAGCCAUGCAAUUGUUGGGCAGUAUGUUUGUUCGUGGUCUACUUCCUGACACUGUCACCUAUGGAACCUUGAUUGAUUGGUACUGCAAAGAAGGAAACAUAGGAAGUGCAGUUCAAAUUUAUGACAAACUGAUAGAUGUGGAGAAAAAACCUAAUUUGGUGAUAUACAAUUCUGUCGUAAAUGGGUUAUGCAAAGAGGCAUCAGUGGAUAUUGCAAGAAAUUUGAUGGAUGCAUUACAGAGGAUAGAUUUUCUUGACAUUAUAACCUAUAACACAUUGAUUCAUGCAUAUUUAAUCUGUGGGAAGAUUGAUGAGGCAUUUUUUUUGUUUCGGGAAAUGGAAGAGGUUGGGAUUUCAUUCAAUAGAGUCACUUACAAUAUAUUGAUCAAUUUUUUGUGCAAGUUUGGGUGUUCUCAACAAGCAAAGGAACUUAUGAAGGUAAUGGUUUCUAGGGGUAUGGUUCCUGAUUUUAUAACAUACACCACACUUAUUACCAAUUUCAGUAAGAAUUGCAGCCCAGAAGAAGUCAUUGAAUUACAUGACUACAUGGUGAUUAAGGGAGUAAUUCCUGACAGACAAACGUACAAACAUGUUGUCUGUCCAUUUCUUCUAGAAGAAAAUGAAAAUGCAAAGAUUAGCACACAGAAUUGAGUUUCGACAGUUCAACAAUGUGUAUAUUUGUCCUCCAUCGUCCACUAUAGCAUGUGUUUUCAGCCAGUCGGUCCAUAGAGAACGUCUGGGCUUUCCAAAGUAACAAGAAUCACGCAUUUAUUCAACAUUGUUUAUAUCGGGCGUGUAAGUUCUCUUUUUCUAGUAUACUAAUUUUUUAUGCUACUCUAGCCUACAGACUACAUCAAUAUAGAUAACAUAUUGUAACCCUUGGCAUAUCAAGCCAUACACAUAAAUUGUUUGUUCAAAAUUGUAUGCAAUACUGUUUCAUCCUUUGGUU